CUUGAUCAAAAACCCCUCUAGCAGUUUGGUGUAUAUACAGGUGCUUUUGUAUCCCUGACCAGAAAUGGACAUCAUACAUACCAUCUUCACUUCCAUAGCGACUAUACUACUGUUAGUUAUCAUAACCUUCUUAGCUAUGAUAGUCAAAAUAUUCAUCGGAAAAUCAAUCAAAAAUCCAAAUUAUGCGCCGGUUAUUGGAACUGUCUUUGGUCAACUUUUCUACUUUGAUAAACUUCAUGACUAUUUUGCAGAUAUUGCCCUGAAACACCCUACUUUCAGGCUUCUUGCCCCUGAUCAAUCGGAAUUGUAUACUGCUGAUAGUCGAAAUAUUGAAUACAUACUUAAGACCAAUUUUGAUAACUACUCGAAAGGUGAAGGGAACAAGGAUAUAAUUACCGACUUAUUUGGAAAUGGGAUUUUUGCUGUUGAUGGCGUCAAGUGGAAACAGCAGAGGAAACUUGCUAGUUUUGAAUUCUCGACAAGGGUGUUGAGAGACUUCAGCUGUGAAGUUUUCAGAAAAAAUGCAGCGAAACUGGUUGGAGUUGUUUCUGAGUUUGCUAAGGCCAACAAAGUUCUUGAUAUACAAAAUUUGCUUAUGCAAUGCACUUUGGAUUCAAUAUUUAAAGUUGGGUUUGGAGUGGAUUUGAAUUGCCUUGAAGGAACUAGCGAAGAAGGCGGGGAAUUUAUUAAGGCCUUUGAUGACUCAAAUGCCUUAAUAUACUGGCGUUAUGUCGAUCCAUUAUGGAAGCUCAAGAGGUUUCUAAACAUUGGCUGUGAAGCUGCUCUAAGGAACAACAUCAAAUUAAUAAAUAACUUUGUUCUCAAUUUGAUCAGCAAGAGAAGGGAACAACUAGCAACGAGUCAGCAUUGUAAUGAGAAGGACGACAUACUUUCAAGAUUUCUGAUUGAGAGCAAGAAGGAUGAAAGGAUGAAUGAUCAGUAUCUAAUGGAUAUUAUUCUUAACUUUAUGAUUGCUGGAAAAGACACUAGCGCGAAUACACUUUCCUGGUUCUUCUACAUGCUUUGCAAGAAUCAGCUCGUACAGGACGAAGUUGUUGAAGAAAUAGAAAAAAUUGUAGGAAAUCAAGAAAGUGGAUCUACAAUUGAAGAUUUUGUAGACAAAAUAAACGAUGAAGUACUUGAGAAUAUGCAUUAUCUUCAUGCUGCUUUGACUGAAACCUUGAGACUCUAUCCUGCAGUCCCUCUGGAUGGAAGAGUUGCAGAUAGUGAUGACAUUCUUCCAGAUGGUUUCAAGCUGGCAAAAGGCGACGGUGUGUACUAUAUAUCGUAUGCUAUGGGAAGAAUGCCAUAUAUAUGGGGAGACGAUGCUGAGGAUUUCAAACCUGAAAGAUGGCUUAAUGAUAACGGAGUUUUUCAACCUGUAUCUCCUUUCAAAUUUGUAGCAUUUCAUGCGGGUCCAAGAAUUUGUUUGGGAAAAGAUUUCGCAUACCGUCAGAUGAAGAUAGUGUCGAUUGCUCUUCUUCGUUUCUUCACGUUCAAAGUGGCAGAUGAAUCAACAAAGGUGACUUACCGGACCAUGUUUACGCUUCACAUAAAUGGAGGUCUUGAUCUUCUUGUAAAUCCAAGAUCAAACAUCAUGAUAAAAGAUUAGUACUUCAUUGAAAGUUGUUUCAAUUUCUUGUUUUGUGUUUCAUUUCGUUGUAGAUAUCAAUAUGAAACCCAAAACCAAGAAAGAGAGGUAUGUACUAUGUAGGAUGAUCUGAAGCCUACAAAAUGUAGUACUUAUUCUUGUACAUUAAGACAGUUUAUUUCAGAUUUCAGAUUUCAGAUUUCA